CUCUACUCAUGUCGUUCCUAGUUGUUACUGCAUUUCGUCGAAAUGUGAUUCAUGUAAAUACGAAAGAAGAACAAUAUUCAGUAAUUAUCAAGCAUAACAGAAUUUCUGUCACAGAAUUUCAGUUAUUCACUGAGCUUUUAUAUAAAAAUGUCAGUGAAAGGUGACGAAUCAUUAGAAAGAAACAAGAAUGGAACAAAAGAUAUAUCAAAAAAUAACGCCACAUCAUCAGCAUUUGAUCCAAUUGAACAUCAACAUAUAAGAUAUAAUCCAUUAAGAGGAGAAUGGGUAUUAGUGUCACCACAUCGUAUGAAGCGACCAUGGGGAGGUCAAAUAGAACAUAAUAUAGAUGAGGAGCUUCCAGAUUAUGAUUCCAAUAAUCCACUUUGCCCAGGAAAUAUUAGAGCUAGUGGAGAAGUAACUCCAAUGUAUCAAAAUACGUUCUCGUUCGUGAAUGACUUUCCUGCUUUACUAGAAUCAGUACCAAAUCCACCAAAAUCCGAUGAUGAAUUGUUCCAAAUGGAAUCUGCUAAAGGUACCUGUAAAGUGAUGUGUUUUCAUCCAAAGUCAAACGUAACAAUAGCAUUGAUGAAGAUUUAUGAAAUCAAGGAAGUAAUCAAACAGUGGAUCUAUGAGAUGUUGGACUUGGGUAAAAAAUGGAUCUGGGUCCAGAUAUUUGAAAAUAGAGGCGCUUUGAUGGGCUGUAGCAAUGCACAUCCUCACUGUCAGAUAUGGUCCAGUUCGUUUUUACCGAAUGAAAUUAGAAUAAAAGACGAAUAUCUCAAAGAUUUUUAUAUACGUAAUAAGAAACCUCUUCUUAUUGAUUACAUGCAGAAAGAAAUUUUAAAAAGGGAUCGCAUUGUAAUAGAAAAUCGUGAUUGGAUAGUUGUAGUGCCAUUCUGGGCAGUUUGGCCAUAUGAAACUAUGAUAUUACCCAAAAAACAAGUAACUAGAAUGCAAGAAUUAUCAGACAAUCAACAAGAAUCUCUAGCUGUCAUCAUGAAAAGAUUGUGUACAAAGUAUGAUAAUCUCUUUCACUGUUCUUUUCCAUAUUCAAUGGGAUGGCAUGGUGCUCCAAUGGGUUCACAUCAGAAUCGUGAUUAUCCAUAUUGGACUUUUCAUGGACUAUACUUACCACCUUUACUACGUUCUUCUACCAUAAAGAAGCACAUGGUCGGUUAUGAGCUUUUAGCUCAAGUACAAAGAGAUCUAACACCAGAACAAGCAGCAGAAAAAUUAAGAAACUUAUCAGAUUCUCAUUAUAAACAUCCAGAAACUAGUCUAACUGUAGAGGAAAUAGAAAAAUAUUCAAAUUAA